AUGGCGUCCGACGGAAAACACGAGGCUCUUCAGCCCCUCCACCCCUCCAUGGCCGGCAAGCUGGACCCCGCCUUCGAGAAGCUCUACAACGACAACGUCGCGACCAAGCCGCUCAAGCCAAUUGAUCUGGGAGCGCUGCGAGGCAACUACUCGCUGCUCUACAGCUAUGGAACGGCUCCGGCUCCGGAGGUUGGGCGUGUCUACGACGACGUGAUCCCCCUUGCCGAUGGGACGCAGCUGGCCGUGCGCGUCUACGAGCCCGAGACUUCAGGCCCAUGGCCGGUGCAUCUGGACUUCCACGGCGGCGGCUGGGGACUGGGGGACCUGGAUACGGAGAGUCACAUUUGCAAGCACUAUUGCAAAAAGGCCGGCGUGGCCGUCAUUGACGUGGCCUAUCGCCUGGUGCCCGAGUUUGCUUAUCCCACAGGCGUCACAGACAGUUUCGCCGCCGUCGAGCAUGUCCACACGCAGGGCGCAGCCAGGUUCAACAUCCGCCCGGACAGCAUCUCGGUGGGCGGCGUGUCAGCAGGCGGCUUCAUCGCCCUGGCCGUGGCGCAUCUGGCUCGCGACGCCGGCAUCCCGCUGCGGCUGGUGGCUGCGGGUACACCCGUCGUCGACGACAUCUCACAAUAUGCCACGGCCGCCGACUCACCCUGGCCAUCGAUGCAGGAAAACGAGUUCGCACCGACACUCAACUGGGCCCGGCUGGCGUGGUUCGACAAGCUGAAGUUAUCGACACUGCCCACGGAGCCUGAGGCGCACAAGGCCGCCAAGGAGCGAAUCGGCUGGCAGAACAACCUGCUCAAGGCACCAAACUUCAAGGGCCUGGCUCGCACGCUCAUCUACACUGCCUCGGCCGAUCCGCUGCGGGACGAGGGCGAGAAAUACGCACAGGUGCUGGUCGAGAAUGGGGUCGAGGUAACGCAACGGCGCUUCCCCGGUGUCCCGCACCCAUUCAUGCACAUGGACGAGGCGCUGUGGCAAGGGAGAGAGUUCAUUGACAGCACCGCCAGGGAGCUCCGGAUGGCUCACUCUGACUCGCGCCUGUGCCUCGACUGCGCGUGGCCCGCCGAGCGUCCCAAGGACAAGACCGCAGCCGCUGCCGUGACUGUGGGUGCACCGGCAUCCAUGUCCGCCGAGACUGUGGCUUCCAGAGAUAUUCCCAUCACGGAGUCCGUGGCUGUCGAUGGUAUGACCGACGGGACCACCACUGAGCUCAUCAUUCGAGGCGGUAACAGUCCGGCCUUGAGUUCUUCCAGCAGCAGCAGCUCCAGCAGUGCCAGCAUCAGCCACUACUCGCUGGAUCACCACUUUGGAGGCAUGCCGCCGACAGCGUCUACCAAUGAUUUAAUCGAAAUCCCGGCCGACACAUCUGCCUGGGAUCAGCAUGGCUCGUCCCCAGUGGGUUGGCACGAGUCAAUAACACCAAUAAGCUACGACAGCCCUCAAUCGGACUCCCACGACUCCCUCACUGUAUCGCCCAUGACGUCCCUGUCGUCACUAUCUAUCUAUAACCCGCAGUUGCUGCCGCAGUUGACUUCGUCCCACGAUAGGGCUUUACUCAACCACUACAUGACCAUUGUGUCGUCUCUACUGUCUCGCCGCAUGUCCACCAAUAAUCCCUACAACGGCUACUUGCUCCCCAUUGCUCGCUCCAAUGAUCUGGUCAUGCACUGCAUCCUGGCCCUUUCUGCGAACCACUGGCGCAAAUUGCAACCUCAACUAGCAGACAGGGGUAUAUACCACCAAAGCAAAGCGACGCAGGCUCUGGCUAGGCUCCUGCCUCACGUGGAUAGAUCCAACGCCGACAUCGCCCUUGUUAGCAGCCUACUCCUGUGUAUGACGGAGCUGUUUGAUGGCACCAGCGAAGGGUGGCAGCUCCAUCUGAAGGGCGCCAAGAGGCUGUUGACGGCAUUGAUGAAUCAGCAGCAGGGCGAUCGUAUGAAUGGCCAUAACAAGUUUCUCGUGCGGCUUGCCCGGUUCCUCGAUUCUGCUGCUACGACGUCGACGUGCAAGCCCCCGCUCAUGGGUGAAGAUGAGCGGGAGGCAGCUACGCUGGAUCGGCUGACGGCCUCCCCCGAUGAUGAAGACUCGGCAAUUUACGGCAUCCCCAAGGAGCUAUUUCAUCUAGUCGACGUAGUCAACUCGCUUGCU